AAAACCCUUCGGAGCGUCCGAAUUCAAAACCCUUACAAAAGGAACGAUAAAAGAAGAAGAGUGAUUCCCCCGUAUACAAAUCCCACGCCAGCAAUGAAGAAGAAUAAGAGCAUUCGUGGAGAGGCGGUGGGUGGAGUGCUUGUUGACGAGGACCCUAAUGAGCCCACCAUGGGUGAGAAGCUCGCGAGUUUGAAUCUGAUAGAGAAUGAUCAAUCCAAGAGUGAUGGUUCAGAGACCGAUGAUCACAAGAGCGGAGAGAAACGGUCUGAGCCCUAUUCUUCUCUGCUUGCGCAGCCUCCAAGUGCAGACUCGGUUCAAGUGCUGCUUAAGCAGGCAUUACGCGCCGACGACCGUGCGCUUUUGUUGGGUUGCUUGUACGACCGAGACGAGAAGGUUAUUGCGAAGUCAGUUUCGUCGCUGAAUCCGGCGGAUGUUCUCAAGCUUUUGCAGUCUCUUGUAUCGAUUAUUCAGUCAAGGGGUGCAAUUUUGGCAUGUUCACUUCCAUGGCUAAAAGGUGUACUACUUCAACAUGCAAGUAGUAUAAUGUCCGAAGAAUCUUCUUUACUCGCACUGAAUUCUCUGUUUCAGCUCAUUGAGUCAAGGGUCUCGACUUUUGAAUCAGCUAUUCAACUACACAGUUGCUUGGAUAUCCUUUAUACGGGGGUUGUGGAUGAGGAAGUAGAGGAGAAUGGCACAACAGUGCCAGUAGUUUAUGAGGAUGAGGAUGAAAGCGAUGAAGAGGAAUCUGAGGAAGCCAUGGAAACCGAUCAAGACAGCAAAGAUGAGGAAGCAUCAGAUGAAGCAUUUGAUGGUGUUAGUGACAUUGAAGUAAUUGAUAGCAUGCCUGAUUGAUGCAGAUUUAGGCUAAUUUGUUGUAUUCUUGAAGUUGGGUCCACUGUGCAUUCGGAUUGCAAUAUUGUUUUAGAAAUGGAAGUGAUAUAAUUUAUUAACCUCA